UGAAGUGACAUAUGUCAGCUGUUUAAAUAGCAAACACGAUUUACAACUAUUAAUUUUAACACGAUUAUAGUAGAUAAGUAGUUUACAUGUAUUAAGCUAGAAUAAUUAACAUGACUUAUUUAAAAUCAUGGGAGGAGUUUGAAAAAGCUGCCGAAAAAUUAUACAUUCAAUCUCCUACAAAAGUUAGAUAUACAAUGAAAUACGCUCAUUCAAAAAACCAUUUAAUUCUAAAAAUGACUGACGAUGUAAUUUGCCUACAGUUCAAGACAGAGAUAGCCCAAGAUGUGAGGAAAAUAGACAAGUUUAUAAAUAAUCUGUUGAGACAUAUGGUAUCAAAAGAACAUUAAAACUAUUAAAAAUUUUAUAUUUUUGUUAAAAGGUGGAUUAAAAGAUAUUGUGAA